AUGUCCCUCCCAAACAGUGCACAAGGCGCUGCUGCUGGGAAUCAGCCCUCCUGGCAGGAUCGGCUUCGGGGAGGUCGAACUGCCUGGUCCAGUACCGUAACCGUCCAGGGCCAGAAUGUCGCUGCCCGCUACUGGUACGACGGCCAGUUCAUCAACAAUGCCAAAGAGGAUGCCGCCGAAAUGGCUCUGAAGGUGCUCAACGAACCACCGCGUGCAUCUACGGUCUAUCCAGGUCAGCUGUCUUCUCAGCAGUCGCCGUCCGGGUAUGGCCGUGGGGCUGGCAGGUUCUGA